UCAUAUUCUUUUAUAAAAAUUUUGUAUAUAAAUAGAGGAUGUGUGUUUAAAUUUUCACUUCAAGAAGGAGUUCAAAAUGAAGCAGACUAUAAUAGUUUACUUAGGCCUUCUUGUCGUGGUUUUCAUUGGACAACAUGUGUCAGCCCAGGUGGAUCCUAAUAAAGCUACUGAAGUUGAUCAGCCAAUAGGAGCUGAAGAAGAAAGGCCCUCUGAACCACUUCCUGUUGUUGAUCAAAAAGGCGACAUCGCAGAAAGCCCUGUUGGAAGCUUCUCAUCUUCUCGUGAUUCAGGUUCUAUCUAUGGUGGCUACAAUUCAGAGGAUUGCUGCUAUAGAAAUGGACCCACAGCUCCUUCACUUAGCGUGAACGACCAGAGUCAGUCUGAACAUGUCAGGAGGAAGAUAGAGUUCAUGUUGUGCAAAAACGCUGCGGUUGAGCAGGCAAUAUCCAAAAACCCAAUGAACUGUGAAAAAAGGCACUGGGGAUCAGCGGGUCUCGAAGACAACUGUUCAUCCAGAUUCCUCCGAGCUACUGAGGUUCGAUACCGGGGCAACACGUGUUACAUUGUGAGACCCAAUCAGCAAUGUGUAACCUACAGAAACUGCAGACGUCGCAGAGGCCCGUGUGCCUAUGGUGGAGUUAUUACAAAGGGUAGACGUUCGUUUCUGCAUGGCGUUUUCAGACGACAGAUCUCAGACAAAGGAAAGGAUCCUUGUUACGGAACGUCUAUGUCGUCCAGCACAUGUCUUCCAGACGGCUACAGAACCUUCUACGUCUGGAUCUACUGCGAUUACUAUGGCUUCAGACUGAUCAACAUUGAGCUGCCACAGUGUUGUUCAUGUAAAAAAUACAAUAAUUGCUAUUAUCAAUAAAGCAACGUAAAAAAGUA